GUACCAACCGUGAUAUCUCCAGGCCUUCCUACAAUUGCCGCAAUCCUCUCACCGGAACUCUUCACACAGGCAGCGACCGCGCCGGCCGUCCCACCGCCGAUGCACGCCCUGUCAAUGGCAUGAAGGUGUGGAAUCUAAUGGAAGGCUGAAGGUCCCUGAGCUAUUCCCGAACCGAAGCAGAUCGAAAACCAAAUAGAAACCGUGGCAUUUUGAAAAGGCGCCCUCAAAUUCAGGGGCACGCGUCCAUUGUUUUUGUCCUGCCCAUCGAUUCCAGCACUGGCGGCAGUGAUAUCGAUUGUAUAGUCUGGCAGAUCUGUCGAAUGUUCCCAAACAAACCAGCAGUAUAUACCCCGCGCCGAUUGCAUUGCUAGUGAUGGGCUCGUAGACGGUCGGGCUAUUCCCGUUCUGCUUGCUCUUAACUCCGAUCGUUAUUUCCGUUGGUUUUUGUCGAGAUUAUUAUAGCCGAGAUGUCAUUGUUCAGGUCCCCGGGUGAGGAAUCGUCUUCCGACUCCCAAUCUAGCUCCGAUGAGAGUGAGCAACAUGUUUUUGCUACGGAACAGGACCGUCCUGUGACAACUAAACACCACAAAAAUAAAAAUGGAGGGAAGAGCCCUGCUCUUUUGCCGGAGGAUACUCAUAAGGAUGCCGAUGUGGAAUCCAAUUCUUUGCUAGGAAGUGAUACCAAGGGCCACGCGAACAUGAUGACCGCAGCUCUCCUUGAAUUCUAUUGUCUGAGUCGGGCUGCAGAUAUCCUCAAUGCCCAGCAUGGGUCCCACAAACGUUUCACGCGGGACUCUCCCGAGGUCCGAUAUCUUGGGAACAAGUUGUACACGCACAAGUCCGAAUUCUUAUCUUCGCUUGGCGCGUUGGCGGGAGGCAUUGAGGGGGAGGAAUGGGGGUCAACAAGACAGUAUUAUCGCGAUAACCUUGACGUGUUGGGUGUGUCGGUUUUGGAAAAUCUUAACAUCAAGGAUGGCAAUGGACAAAAGGCAGGAAUUGCAGGUGCUGCUGAUGUAGCAUCGGGUGCAGAGCAAUCCACGGCUCUACAACUGCGGUCGAGUAAUGCGAACAUGGAUAUGCUGCAGUCAAGGCGCCAUGGGUUCGGAAUGGCGGACGUUCAAAAACGAUUGACCGGCAACGAGAAUGCUAAUCCGCUGGAAAGCAUCCAGCUUGACUUUGGAGCUCUGCUAAAUCGUCCAUUGCCUCUUACUGGGAGCUCGCCCGUGAGCUUCCCUCUGUUUCAGCCUAACCCACCCCCUCCAAGCAGUCACAUGUCUCGGUAUGCCAUGGAGUUUUCCGAGGUCAAGGUGCUUGGUCGUGGGUCGUUUGGCGAAGUAUAUCAUGUGAGGAAUCAUAUCGACGGCCAAAGUUAUGCAAUCAAAAAGAUUCCCCUCAGUCAACGACGGCUUCAACAGCUGGAGUGUGGAAGUCAGAAUCAGCUCGAAACCAUCAUGAAGGAGAUUCGAACACUUGCUCGACUCGAGCAUACAAAUGUCGUCCGAUACUAUGGGGCUUGGAUCGAACAGGCGCAUCCUUCAGGUUAUGCCGAGUCUGUACAAGAAGAGUCAGUUGAUCUGACAUUUGAGCAGACAGAGUCGCAUAUUUCCAGUCAUGGAAUGGACGAUAAUCAGAGCUUUGGAAUUGUCUUCGAACACUCGGAAUCCUCACAUAUAUCUCAAGCAGCAUCUUUAUCAUUGGGACAGGAUUCAGAAAUGUCUGGCCGACACCAUCGCAGGCCCAGUCAUGCCACAGUGGGCUCUCACAUAUCCAAGACAAGCUCUGCACUUAGUGCGGAGGAUGACGACGACGACGACGAAGUAGAGUCCAUUCCGCGGAAUUUCAGUCCUCGAUCUCAAGAUCCACUGUCAACGUUCGGUGGGACAGAUGAUGACAUCUUUACGGAUGGCUUCAGUGAGGAUCCUUCCAAAUUACAAGUACAACGGAGACACCGAAGGGGAGCCCAGCUCCCCGCCGUUAUUUUGCACAUCCAGAUGUCGCUACAUCCUAUCUCACUGGGCUCCUACUUGAAUCCACAAUCAAGCACGAGCACAAAACCCGACACGACACUCCGUCGGCGCCACUGUUACCACCUAGUCCCUUCACUGAGACUCAUGUUAGAUAUACUAUCUGGGGUUGAUUAUCUCCAUUCCAAAGGCAUUGUCCACCGAGACCUCAAACCAGCCAACAUAUUCCUCUCUUCUCCCGACAAAAAGCACAUGGACGGAUGCCCUCCGUGCGGGAACACGCAUGGAGCGAUCCAUCGUUACUGCCACCCUCGCAUCGGCGACUUUGGCCUCGUUGCAGAUAUCUCACACAUCAGUGACUGCUCUCCCGACACCCAAUCCACAACCAACCCCGAAACAAACAUCAAUCCAGUCGUUGGGACGGAAUUCUACCGCCCGCCUCACCCCACAGACAGAUCCGCAAUGACCUCAAGCCCCCGCCACCCCACCAAGCAACCAUCUCCAUACGUCAUCGACGAGACACUAGACGUCUAUGCCCUCGGAGUGAUCCUCUUCGAGCUUCUCUACCCACUGAACACCAAAAUGGAGCGCCAGCUAGUCCUCAACGGACUUACCCGAGGUCCACACGGCAACCCCUUAACCGGUCCGUGCUUCCCCGACGACUUCCAAAAGAAGCUCGACAUGGGCUCUACGAAACUGCCCACCGGAAUAUCCAUAGCCGAGACUAUUACGACCUGCCUCCGGGGCAUGUUAGAGCCGAAUCCUCAUCACCGGUGGCGCUCCGGCAAAAUUAAGAAAUACCUCGAAGAACUCCUCGCAUGUGUGCAGAAAACAUAGCAUAGCCUUCUUCUUUUCCCACAUAAUAUUCUUCAUCACCAUGGUCAUUUUCACCUCACACAUACACAAACAUAUCCACAUACCUACAUACAUAAACAUAUACCUAUACCUCUAGAUUAUAGUCCAACCAGCUGGGGAAUCCCCCACACAGAACAUUGAUUCAGAAAUACACAUUAGCUCACAGCAAGAGAACCCCAUCACAUAGAUAAAUUAUAUCCCGUCCUCACUUAAUCACAAU